AUUUUCUGCCAGACAGAUCUUACUAGAGACCUACAGCUACUGUCAUCAUCAUCAUCAUCAUGAAGGUUUGGAUUGUGUGUGCACUGCUGUGUACUAUCUUUACACUUAGGACUGCCACAGCUGCAGCAGUUCCUGCAGAGACUAAACCUGAGCAGGAACAGAGACUUCCAGGGGAAGCUUCUGAACUGGCUGUAGAGAAGGUGAUUGAGGCAGCUGACGAUAAGGGGGAAGCUCUUAAAUUAGAUGCAGAUGCAGAAGAUAAGUAUAACUACUGUCCGUCUGGAUGGGUUAAAUAUGGGUCACGUUGUUUUCGUCUUGUGAGGACAACUCUGUCUUGGCUCAACGCUGAGGCUCAGUGUGUAGCUCAAAAUGCAAAACUUGUAUCUGUACGCAACCUUGGAGAAUAUAACUUCCUGCAGAGUUUACUAGACAUGGCGGGUGUAACACAAGCUUGGAUUGGAGCUUACUACUUUCAGGGAGUGUGGCUGUGGGCUGACACGUCUCGGUGGAGUUACAGUAAUUGGCAGUCACUGAGCAGUGGGUCCAGCUAUCCAUGUGCUUACAUGAGGAACAAUGUUGGAUGGUAUAACACUAACUGUGGAAGUGGAUAUGCAUCUGUCUGUGCUAUUGACCUACACGCUUGCUAAAGGACAUGAAUGUAAUAUCACCUAUUAUUUUGAAGCUGACAUGAUUAUAAGAAAAAUAAAUAGUUUUUUUGUCUUGAGAACACUUGAACACUGUACACUGUGAACACUGUACCAAUGAACACUGUUUAUGUCACUUAAUAAAAACAUCAAAAAUAU